AUGACAACCGAGGGAAGCCAACAUUUUUUACGAUUACGCCCCUCGGCUCCCGCCGACCGUCACAUUGCCCGACGGCACCCUUCUCCACUUUUCCCAGGCCGAGCCAACCACCACACGAUCGGCGAUGCCACCUCGAUCGUGGGCUUUAUUCGGGAUUGGGCCAAACUCGGAGUAGUUCCAAAUUCUCGUCCGGUUUUCGAGAGGGACCUCAUCAAGGUCCCACAGGGAUUGGAUUCGAUUUAUUGGAACAACAUGAAAUGCGUUCCGUUCGGUUCGUCGUCGACUUUUCCCCUGCCUACGAACAGGGUUCGGGCGACUUUCGUUCUCGACCGAGCCCGAUUCAAGAAACUCAAGGAUUUAGUGGUUGCCGAAUUUUCCGAGCUUUUCCCACCCAUCGUCUUUUGUCGUGACUUCGGCUUACGUUUGGACGUCCGAUAUUCGGGCCCGUCUCAGCCCGCCAUUGCCCGAGAGCUACUUCGGCAACUGCUUAUCGGGCGGGCUUCCGAAAUCCGGCACCAUGAGCUUAUCGGGCCGGAUGGGUUUUUCUUGGCGGCCCGGGCCAUAGCCGAUGAGAUAAAAUACAAAUUAAAUGGUAUGGAUAAAAUUACGGAAUGGUUUGAGAAUGCGCCGAAGAUUAUAAGGUCGGUUUUGGGCAAGUGUUUGUUUUCCGUGUCUGGAUCGGUCAGGGUUGAUUUGUACGGUGCGGAUUUCGGGCUUGGGAGGGCCCGAAAGAUGGAGAUUUUAUCCAUCGAUGGGGAAAAAUAUACAAUGUCGUUGUGUAAGCCGAGGGAUUGUGAGGGAGGUUUGGAGGUUGGUAUGUCUUUGACCAAGGAAGUAAGGGAUGUGUUUGUUGGUCUUUUUAAUGAUGGGUUAAAUACUUAG